AUCUAGUUGAGAAUGGGGGACGAAACUUUGCUGGAGCGUAUACUCAAUGGAGACGAGGAACCAAAGGAUCUGCCAUUAGGGCUGUUGCAAAGUAUCACGAAUGAUUUCUCUGAAGAGAGAAAAAUUGGUCAGGGUGGAUUUGGAGCGGUUUACAAGGGUGUACUCCGAAAUGGAAUUAUUGUUGCUGUGAAGAGGAUUUAUGUGACUGCACACACAAUUGAUGACAAGCUAUUUCGCCGUGAGUUUAAUAGCCUGAGGAAGAUUAAUCAUCAAAAUGUAGUCCGCUUUCUUGGCUUCUGUUCUAAUACGUAUCAGACACCGAUACAAGAGGCUGGGUCAGAAGAAAUUAACUUGGCCAAUGUAAGAGAAAGAUUGCUCUGUUUCGAGUACAUCAGCAAUGGAAGUCUUGAUAAACAUAUUACUGAUGAAUUAAGGGGACUUGAAUGGGAAACACGUUAUGAAAUAAUCAUUGGAAUUUGCAAGGGUCUGCGCUAUCUUCAUGAGGAAACCAGUAUUGUUCAUAUGGACCUUAAGCCAGAAAAUAUAUUACUAGAUGGCACAUAUUUGAUUCCAAAAUUCACAGAUUUUGGUUUGUCAAGACCAAAUAAAAACACGCAUACUAUGGGCCUACGUUUUGGAACACGGUAAACUAUCCAUCAGAAUAAACACUAGUGGUUAAUUGAUAUUUUUCUAUCAUGCAAUCCUACAUUUAUUUUGUGUUGUAUUUUCUUGCAGAGGAUAUAUUGCACCGGAAUACGAGAAUUCUGGCAAAGCUUCAGUUAAAUCUGACAUAUAUAGUUUGGGUGCCAUAAUCUUCGAAUUAGUAACAGGUUGUAUGGGCAUCCCCGAUGAAAACAAUGUAAGGGUGAUUUAUGUCACUUCUUAGAACAACGAUGAUGUUGUGCAUGCAUCUUUUAAUUGUUUGCACUAAAAUAUGCAUACUAUCCUACAGAAUGGCUUAUCUAAUUCAAACAACAUAUUUCGGGAUAUGUAUCAUGCAUGGGUGGAUAGUUUUUUUCUGGUGUUUUGAGGUGAAGUGAUGCACUUCUGUUGAUACAUGGUGCGAGGCAAACUUAUUACUUUCAACUAAAAAAUUGUCAUGCAAACCACAUGACACAUUGACAUGGUUCCCACUAUAAGAUUCUGGGAUCAUCACACAUACUUAAAUUUGUUAAAUGUAGGUACUUCGGAGGUGGAGGCACAGGUGGACUAAGCCACCGACGUUACUACAAUACCAGCAAGUAACUAGAUGCUUGAACAUAGCAGUACGCUGCAGGGAACAAAAUCCAGAAGCCAGACCUUCCAUAUUGAAGAUAAUUAGCUUUCUGAGUGAAUCUGGAAGUACAGAUAUGCACACUAGCCAGGUAAGCUAACUAGUUCAAGACACCUUGUAAUCAA